GUCCUUCAAUAGCCUCUCUCACAUUCAGACUUCUCCCUCUCUCGCUAUAUCUGUCACAUACGCGGAUUCCCUCACGCCUUAAAAAGCCUGUAUAAAAGGAAGAUAAAAAAAACUCCCAAUCAGUAGACUUCCACACAAAUACUUCACAGGAAGGACUGUGAUCAAGAGAUAUGGAGAAGAUGAUUAACCACUUCAGCCAUAGACAUCCAUUAAUGCUUCGUAGUAGCUUUCAGCCACCGGCUCCUAGUCGCGUUAGCCUUUUAUCAUUGCUUCGUCCUAAGCCAGAUAAGCACUGCUCUGCAUGCCAGAAAUGCUAUGAAGGUCCUGCCUAUUGUUGUGACGAUUGUAGUUAUUAUCUUCAUGAAUCUUGCGCUGGGUUGCCAUUUGAGAUCCAACACUUCUACCAUUCAUCUCACUCUCUCACCCUGCACGGUAUUGAAUAUGAUACGGCUGUUAACUGCGAUAUGUGUCAAGAAAGUUGGAUGGGCUUCACCUACCGUUGCAACCACUGUGAUUUCAAAAUGGAUAUUCAAUGCGCGAAGCUGCAGCCAGUGAUUCAACUAUCCAUUCAUCCAGACCACCCUCUCACGCUACAGGUUGGUGAUACUGAAAUCAAAUCAAAUUUCUUUUGCGAUUUCUGUAACAACAGAUGUGACAGCAACUGGACCUUCUGUUGUAAGGAUUGUAAUUUCAAGAUUGAUUUUGACUGUGCUCGAAUGCUUCUUAACUACUCCAAGCAAGUUCAACAUUUCAGCCACGAGCAUUGGUUGACAUUGGCAAUUGUUUACCGAAAUAGUGAUGUCUAUAGUCCUGUUUGUUGCUUUUUAUGCGAUAAACCUUGCAAUGGGCCUACCUAUGUUUGCUUCCUGUGCAAGUUCAACCUGCAUAAGUUCUGUCUGGAGUCAUUGCAAACAAUCAUUCAAAAUCCCUUCCAUAAGCAUCCAUUGAUAAAAUUUGAGAAAAAAGUUGACGAUUCUACUAGUUGCUCUGCUUGUGGUGAACCUUGCUUGGACACAACCUUUGCUUGCUUGAAAUGCAAGUACUUGUUCCAUGAAUUAUGUAUUCAAUUACCCCAAGAGAUUCAGCAUUUCUUCCAUCCAUGCCCUCUAAUUCUGCGGCAGGAGACUACUGAGUUUACAUGCAAAGGCUGUGAGAAAAGUCGCUCCCAGUUUGCAUUCCACUGUAAUAGAUGUCAUUUCUACCUUGAUGUUCAAUGUGCUCUAAUGUUCACUGAAAAUUUUGAAGGCCAAAAGUGCAUUAAAAAUUCCAGCCACAGGCAUCCCUUGAUCCUCUGUAACAAGGAGAGGAAUGGUCAUGUAAACUGUAAUGGAUGCCUUCAAGUCAUCUUUGGUGAAAUAUACGGUUGCGUCCAAUGUAAUUUCUAUCUUCACAGAUCAUGUGCUGCAGCCCCACAACAGAUCAAACAUCCUUUUCAUCCAAAUCAUACUCUCACUCUGCGUUAUGGUGAAAAUUUGUGGUGUAAGGUCUCGAUUUUAAAAUCCUUGGAUGAGAGGGGAAAAGUGAAAUAUUUGAGGCACAAGCAUCUCUCAAAGAGCUAUCACCCAGAGGCUGAAGUUUGCUGUGGUGUAUGUGAGAAAAGCAUUUCUGGUCCAUCCUAUAAUUGCAUUAGCUGCAAAUUCUUCAUCCAUCAAGACUGUCUUGAACCUGUAGAAAAGGUGCAACAUCCUUUUCACCUGCAUGAUCAUGUUCUUACUCUUCCUAAAGUAAAAUUUAGAUGUGAUGCUUGUUAUGUCAAGACUCACAAUCGUCUCCCUUUUUUUUUUUUAUGGAUGUGAUGUGAGGGAUUGCAACUUUAAGUUGGAUAUUCAAUGCUCUUCACUAAACCCCUCAAUUAAUUAUAAAGGUCACAGGCACCAAGUUACAUUCUUCAAGAAAGUGUAUGAUGACCCUGAGUGUGAAGUUUGCAAAUUUCGCUACAAUGAUCCCCCCUCCUAUUUACGCUGUGUGGAGUGUGAUGACUUCAAUGUCCAUCUCCUGUGUGCUGCACUGCCCAGUACCAUUAAUCAUAAAUGUCAUAUAGAUCUGCUUUACCUCGAAGAUUAUUUUGCAGAUGACGAUUCCAGUGAUGACGAUUUGGGUGAAUACUAUUGUGAUGCUUGUGAGGAAAGUAGAGACAAGCGGGAAUGUGUUUAUCGAUGUGCAGAAUGUAGCAACUAUGUCGCACAUAUCAAUUGCGUGCUUGAUGAGGUAUGCCUAAAUUCAGAGUCUUAUAAUGUAAUAACUGAAGUCCAAUACGUUGUUCUUGUUGGGUGCCUUACCGUGUGGGUCCAGCCCACUUGCUUGCCAUGCCUUGUCAAAGCUCAUUUAUGAGCUUGGUUCCAAGAGUCUUCAAAUUUAGCUUUCCAUUUAUUGAGAAGUGACCAAAACAUGGAGAGGUCUAACUUCUCUUAAUGAGAAGUGUUCCAAAGUCAGCAUGCCAAUUUAUCCUGGGCAAUGACUUAGGCGUGUGAGACACGCUGAAACUGAAAAAAGAAGAAAAGAAGGAAAACAAAGGUCAUUCGGCCUUGUGAGAAAAGCUGGAAUAGAGAGCCUUUCUUGGCCAUUGUAUGUGAGUUCCAAAGAGAGCAAAACACAAAAAGAGAGAGCUUCAGCUGGAGGUGCAGUCCGAGAAAUAGAGAGAAACACAGUGAGAGUGUGAGAGAGUGAAAAAGAAAAAGGAGACAUUUUUCUUUGCUCAAGUUAUACACAAGGAAGAUAAAUUGGUGGAGUUCUCAUGGAGUUUUUGAGUGCUACAACCAUGGAGAGUUGGAGUAUUCAGAGGAAGAUUUUGCUACUGGUUUUGUGGUGAGAUUGUAUUUACUCCUUGAGAUUAAUUUGUUGUAUAUCCAAUUUAUUGUGAACACAAGUUUAGCAUAAACUUGAUAGUUGUAAUCUCUAUUUAUAGUGGA